AUGAAUCCGGACGAGACAAUAUUGCCUCACAAUAAAAUUCUGGACAUUGGAGGGAACGACAUGGUUCCCAAGAAUGUUUCAACUGUAGAGUUGUCUUUGACUCCAACACAAUCUCUCGUCCCAACUGCGUUCCAAAAGUCAAGUCAGUUGUCCGCAACUGAAUUAUUCACCUCUUCAACUUUGUUUGUUGAUUCCCUCAUGACGGACGCAACAUCAGAUCAGGUGUUGGCUGAGUUGGCCGUCGAACCCAAGCCCGUGGAAGUGAAAAUAGACAAAUUCGUGGAAGAUGAUACCCAACCUCAACGCUUUGAAGAAAUAUCUUUAGAAGACGACUCACAUCGAUCUCGAACUCCAGUAUCCGACUCGGAAAGGAAGGAUAAGAGAAAGCCUAAACCUUUCACGAUUAUAGUCAGUAAGGCUUCGCCUACAUCAUCUGCUCUUUCUUCUCCGUCUUCGUUGUCAUUGAAAGUUUCAAACGAAGAUUUGUCGUCGGAAGGCGAGGAGGAUGCUUAUGGAAAUCAGUUGAAUGGACAAUCUUCUGGGCCUUUCUAUUGUGUUCCCAUAACACCAGCCGUGUCCCAGAAGAAUCUUGCUGAUACUACCAAAGCGCAAAGAUCGUCGUCCGACGACAGCAUGUUGCAAAGUCGCAAUCAAGGGCUACCUACUGGGACUCGUUCGAGGUCUUUGACAAUGCUGGAUUCGUCGCGUCCAGAUCAUGAACACGAAAUGACGCGAACGAAUAGUCAUAGCAGAUUUUUCUUAUGGAGUACGACCAACGUUCAUCCACUAGAUCUUUACAUAUCAAAAACUAGACCAAGAGACUUGCCACCGAAAUCACCAGAAGAAGAUAAAAAACAUCUAAGAGAACACGAAAUCAUGAUGCGAAAGGCACAACGAGCUGCGGCUAAGAAGGCCAGAAAUGAGCAAAAAAAGAAAGAACAGCGUGAUAAACAGUACAGAACCGAAUUAAACAUAUGGGAAAAUGAAAUACUUCCUAAUUGGCAUCUUGCACGGCAUGAGAAGUCAACGCGGGAACUAUGGUGGAAAGGACUUCCUCCUCGAUGUAGAAGUAAGGUUUGGGGUCUUUGCAUUGGAAAUGCAUUGGCUAUAACACAAGCAACCUACGAUAUGUGUCUGGAUAGGGCAUUUGAAGUCAAAAGCGAAUCAACUGAUGGUUUGGGAUCGCCCACUCGCGUGGAUUCAGCCAAUAAAAUGGCUGAAAUAUUUGAAAACAUUGAGAAGGAUGUGCUAACCACAUUACCAGCACUUGGACUUUUCCAGGGAGAGAAUCCAUUGUGUGAGAGUCUAAGAAGUGUAAUAGAAGCUUACGUCUUUUACUGGAAAGAUCCUAAAUAUAUAUCUGGGAUCAAUAAUAUUGCCGCCAUGUUUUUAUUGAAUAUGGAUGCGCUGUCAUCUUUUGUUUACAUGGUUAACCUUUCAAAGAGACCGUGCAUCUCAGCGUUCUUUGGAAUAGGCGAAAAGAUAAAUUACUAUCUCCGUGCCUUCUCGGCUUUAUUUAAAUCUUAUAAUCCCAAGCUAUAUGAACAUUUCAAAACUCUCCAACUGUACCCAUCACUGUUCUUGUCUCGUUGGUUUACUACCAUGUUUACAUGUUUCUUGCCUUUAGACAUUGCCAGUCAUAUCUGGGAUUGUUACUUUCUUCAUGGGGAAGUUUUCUUGUUUAGAGCAGCCUUCGGAGUAUUGUUUGCAUUAGAACCGCAGUUAUAUGGUUCAUUAGAUGAGACUUUGAAAGUAUUGACAUCUGAACCAUUAACGGGCGUGGGUAUUGAAAAGGUGUUUGACUAUAUCGAGAAAGUUGAACUGAAAGAAGAGACCUACCAAAACCUAAUAGUGAAAGAGAUUUCUGGUAGUUGA